AUGGACUAUGAAGAGGAUGAUGAUGUCUCCUUUGCAAAAUGGAUGAGCAGUUUCUGGGGACACAAUGUGACAGAAGAAAAUGAAAGAGCGAGUCGAUCUUACAGGAAAAGGCAGACAGAAUCCUUGGCGGAAAGGAGAGCUUCCCUUCCGGCUAAACUGUCCUCCAUCCAUAUGACAAAAUUUCAUGCUUCUACCAAGAUAACAUCACCAAGCAGUCGGAGGAGUUCCAAAGAAAUGCAAGAAGGCCAAGAUAUAAAAGAUACACAAUGGCACUGUCAUGCCAAGGCAUGCAGGAAAUCUUCAAGUGGCAGUUCUUCCCAGGGGUCAAUUGGAACAAACAGUCACUCGAAUUCCAUCCUGGAGUUUUCAGAAUCUUUUGAGAGGCAGCUGCAUUUCAAAAACAAGCGCUCGGUUUCUUUGGAACCUGAAGGGAUGAAACAGAGGCGAGAGAGAGAGAAACUGUGUAGUCACAAGAGCAGGUCACAUAAGAAAAUGGGAGAAAAGAAAGAAUCCAAGGAUGAACAAGUGGAAGGAGAGAUUAAUGUGGAGCUCCCAGAUGAAAAACAUAGUUAA